GCGGCUGCCGGGCCCCGGGGCCGCUGCCCGCGGGAAGCCAGACAACACGCGGGCUGCGGAGGGACCUCCUGCAGCUGGAGGCGAGGAACCGGGCUGGGCUGUCCGCACCGGGGUAACUUUUCAUCCCAUAACUCCGGUGUUCUGAAAUCUGAUGAUUCCACCAAGAUAAUGUGAUAGGAACAUUCAGUAAUUUGGGACAAUAUCCUCCAUACACUAAUGCUGGCCUUCAGAUUUCCUAAGAGCUUGCUACAGUAACACACACUGCUUGUUAUCUGCACAGGCAAUAAUGCCAUCUCUGCCACAAGAGAGAGUUAUUCAGGGCCCCUCUUCUCUGGAUCUGGAUUCAGAAUUGUCUUAUCAAAGCACUAUGAAAAGGAAAGUAAGAAAGAAGAAAAAGAAGGGAACCAUUACAGCAAAUGUUGCCGGCACGAAGUUUGAGAUUGUUCGUUUAGUAAUAGAUGAAAUGGGAUUCAUGAAAGCUCCAGAUGAGGAUGAAACAAGUAAUCUUAUAUGGUGUGAUUCUGCAGUUCAGCAGGAGAAGAUCUCAGAGCUGCAAAAUUACCAGAGAAUCAACCAUUUUCCAGGAAUGGGGGAGAUCUGUAGGAAGGAUUUCUUAGCAAGAAAUAUGACCAAAAUGAUCAAGUCCCGGCCUCUGGAUUAUACCUUUGUCCCCCGAACCUGGAUCUUCCCUGCUGAAUAUACACAAUUCCAGAAUUAUGUGAAAGAACUGAAGAAAAAACGAAAGCAGAAAACUUUUAUAGUAAAACCAGCUAAUGGUGCAAUGGGUCAUGGGAUUUCUUUGAUAAGAAAUGGUGACAAACUUCCAUCUCAGGAUCAUUUGAUUGUUCAAGAAUAUAUUGAAAAGCCUUUCCUAAUGGAAGGUUACAAAUUUGAUUUACGAAUUUAUAUAUUGGUAACAUCGUGUGAUCCACUAAAAAUAUUUCUCUACCAUGAUGGACUUGUGCGAAUGGGAACUGAGAAGUAUAUUCCACCUAAUGAGUCCAAUUUGACCCAGUUGUACAUGCAUCUGACAAACUACUCUGUGAACAAGCACAAUGAGCGUUUUGAAAGGGAUGAAACUGAAAACAAAGGCAGCAAACGGUCCAUCAAAUGGUUUACAGAAUUUCUACAAGCAAAUGAGCAUGAUGUUGCUAAGUUUUGGAAUGAUAUUUCAGAACUGGUGGUAAAGACUCUGAUUGUGGCGGAACCGCAUGUCCUGCACGCCUACCGAAUGUGCAGACCUGGUCAACCCCCAGGAAGUGAAAGCGUGUGCUUUGAAGUCCUGGGAUUUGAUAUUUUGUUGGAUAGAAAACUAAAGCCAUGGCUUCUGGAGAUCAAUCGAGCACCAAGCUUUGGAACUGAUCAGAAAAUAGACUAUGAUGUAAAAAGGGGAGUACUGCUAAAUGCACUGAAACUACUAAACAUCAGGACUAGUGAUAAAAGGAGAAACUUGGCCAAACAAAAAGCUGAGGCUCAAAAGAGGCUUUAUGGUCAAAAUUCAAUAAAAAGGCUCUUACCAGGUUCUUCAGAUUGGGAACAGCAGAGACACCAGUUGGAGAGGCGGAAAGAAGAGUUGAAAGAAAGACUGGCUCAAGUACGAAAGCAGGUCUCAAAAGAAGAACAUGAAAAUAGACAUAUGGGGAAUUAUAGACGUAUUUAUCCUCCUGAUGAUAAAACGCUUCUUGAAAAGUAUGAAAGUUUGUUGGCUGUCGCUUUUCAGACCUUCCUUUCAGGAAGAGCAGCCUCAUUUCAGAGAGAGUUGAAUAAUCCUUUGAAGAAGAUGAAGGAGGAAGAUAUUUUGGAUCUUCUGGAACAAUGUGAAAUUGAUGAUGAAAAGUUGAUGGGAAAAACUGCCAAGUCUCGAGGACCAAAGCCUCUAUGUUCUAUGCCUGAGAGUACUGAGGCAAUGAGGAGACAGAAGUACUAUAGCAGUGAGAGCAGUUACGACAGUAACAGCAGUUCUUCAGAAUCAGAUGAAAAAGACGACUACCAAAAUAAGAAAAGAGAAAAACAAGUUUCAUAUAAUUAUAAACAGUCUAACCCCUACAAAUUGAUGCAACCAUCCAGCUCCAUAAAGCGUUCAGUCAGCUGCCCUCGGUCCAUCACUGCUCAAUCACUUCUUAGUGGGGACAGCCGCCCCUUUUCUGCUCAACAAAUGAUAGCAGCACCCCGGCCAACUUCAGGGUCUCGAUCACAUUCUUUAAACCGUGCUUCCUCCUAUCAAAGGUGUCUGCCUCCCACAGAUGAUGCCAGUUCUGACUCUCAAGCAAGUGAGUCUUUGCAGCAACUGAGAACAAAAGAACAAGAAGACGAUAUGACAACUCAGACCUUAUUUGUUCUCAAGGACAUGAGGAUUCGGUUUCCAGGAAAAUCAGAGAUAGAAUCAGAAGUCGUGAUAGAAGAUAUGAUUGACAACUGGAAAUUUCAUAAAGCAAAAGUGGCUUCAUAUUGGCUUAUAAAAUUGGACUCUGUAAAACAACGAAAAAUUUUGGACAUAGUAAAAACAAGUGUUCGUACAGUUCUUCCACGUAUCUGGAAGGUAGCUGAUGUGGAGCAAAUAUAUUUAUCUCGGAUUUUCAACCGCAUUUUUAAUCACUUACUCUGGAAUCAUGGGCAAGGACUGUGGAACUGUUUCUGUGAUUCAGGAUCCUCUUGGGAGAGUAUUUUCAGUAAAAGCCCAGAGUUGGUGACUCCUUUGCAGCUCCAAUGUUGCCAGCGCCUGGUGGAGCUCUGUAAACAGUGCCUGCUAAUGGUUUACAAAUAUACGACUGACACAAGAGGAUCUCUCUCAGGCAUUGGUCUGGAGUGGGGUAAUUCCAGGUAUUUGCUACCAGGAAGUGCACAAAUCUUCAUGAGAACACCAUCGUACAACUUGAAAUAUAAUUCACCUGGAAUAACUCGCCCCAGUGUUUUGUUUACAUCUCGAUAUGGCCAUUUGUGAAACAGAAGGGAAGAUCAGCAUGGGUUAUGCAUAAUAGCAUUUCAUUCCCCCCCCCAAUCUAAACAUGCAAAGAAAGUGACCAUUAAGUGCUAUUUUAUGUAUAUAUGGCAUAAAUGUGUGUGAAACUGUAUACACACAUGCAUUCAAAUAACAUAUAUAUAUAUUAUAAUAUAUGAAAGAAAAAUGAGCAGAAAACUGGUUAGAAGAUUUCACCUUUCUGGACAUGUAAUAGACCAUGUUAAAAUUGUUUACACAAAUAUGUGAAUGUUUAGAAUUUGCUAGGUUUACAGGUAAUUCCUACUAGAAAUGUUAUUUUUGCUGCAGAGUAUAUAAAACAAAUUGAUCUUAAAGAUUCCAUUACAGUGUUAAAUUAUUUUCUAGAUAAUGCCUUUUGAAUUGAAAAAGCAUUCAUAGUAUGACACCUUAUUAAUUCUCUUUUACAUAGUAGCUAUUUAAAAUAAUAAAAAAAAAGAGUUAGAAACUUGGUGUUGUUUGAUGAUAAGGUUAAGUAUAAAACAUGUUUAUCAUUACUAUAACACAUUAUAACAUACUAUAAAAAUCCAAGCUGAUUCUCCAACAUUUUUAUUCCUCUAUGUGGAAAUGUAGUUACUUAUGAUAAUGUACAUUUUCUGUAGGGACCCAGUAAAAUCAUACUAUUAUCUAAAAUGGAAGACAAUCCAGUGUGUUAAAAAUAAAUGUAAGCUAGCUUUUGCUCCUUGUCAUCGAGAGUCACAUAAAGGAACAGAAAAUGAUGGUAAUGACAAAAUUUUUUGAUGUGAUGUUUGUUUCAUGUACCACUCACUUUUAUUUAGAAAACUUAUAUUUAAUGGACACGUAGUCAAAUACAUUUCUUCUAAUCUUCAAAAGUAGAAGGGCUGGCAUUUUAAACUCAUUUCUGUCUUACAGGAUAAUGAAUCACAUUUACUUUACAAGAAUCCAAUGUUGUCACGAAUUUACUUUGCAAAGUCUAACACAGAGCUUCUAUUGCACCGUGGAUAACUAAAUUAUUAAAAAUGUAAGAUUCUGAUUACUAGAUAUUAUUAGUCAUCAGCGUACCCUUGAGAAUUUUUAAAAGUUUUUUCCUGUCCAAAGUUAAUAUGUUUUAUAGCAGUUUACUUCCUUUUCUUAUUUACCGGUUCAAAAACAAGUGAGUUUUAAAUUUUCCAUAAAAAUGUAAAGGCCUAUCAUUGACAUGGUAAUCCUUAGAAACUGCAGUGUUCACCCUUUACAAUCUUAUUUAAACUUGUCCCAGAAAUUUUAAUUUCUUACAGUUGCUAAAUAUUUGCACAAUAUUUUACCUCCUUUUACUGUCCUUAAAGCUUUUUUCAGUAAAUCAAGAAAUGGCCCCAAAGCAGAAGGAAAACUGAGAAAGGCAAAUUGGACUGGUUUAAUUCACAAGCUGGAUAAUUGGCAACCCAAAGUUGUAAGUUAGAUAUAUUUUGCAUUUAAAGCUAUAUUCUGAGGAUGUGUUAGGCUAAAAUUGGUUCUUUCUUAAGUUAUUGCUAGCUACUUGACUCUUUAUGACUACUUAAAUCUGUAUUCUAGUAGAUACUUCUCCUUGCUGGAUACAUCCCAGCAAGGAAUUUGUUACUAGUUUUGUAGAAGGAUGGUUUAAAUGUCAGAAAGAAGGGAAUUUCAGUGUACCUCAGUUUUGUUUAUGACUCAAUUUUAUAAACUCUUAAAUAUUUUAUAGGUUCCAUAGGUUAAAUAAAACAAAACUUUGAAUUAUAAAAUCAUUAUAAAAGUGAUCAGCAGACCUCACAGAUUUUUGGGGGGCAGUUUUUCUUAUAAAUUAAUGCUUUGCUCAUGAAUGUGACUCAAAUAUAAGUGUGUAGUGUAGAUGUAACAUCAGCUAGUUUGUUGUUUGCUCACUCUCUGACUUACACCAUAAACGGUCACUUAAUUUGGUGGAGUGGGUACUUUGGAACUUCCGUCCUUAGUUGUACAAGAGUGACUUUUUUUUCCUAAAUAAAGAAUAAUGUUCAAUAUGGAGAGGAACUAUUCUUCCCCUGGGAGAUGGGGGUGGGAACACCAAAUUUGGGGGGAAAGACAAGAAAAUUAAAUGUAUGAAACUUCUCAAGUAACUUCAUUUUUCUAGCAAUUUAAAUUUGGCUUUUGAGCACUGAAAUUUUACUACCCAUGCUUGAUCACUUAAAUAUGAGGAAGUUGUGAAUAAAAGCCAUGUGCUCACUGUUUAUAUAUAUUACCAGUUAUGUUCUCUGUGGAUGAUCGUUGCUAUACUACUUAUUCCUUAAUGAGAAACUAAGAAGGAAGCUAAAAUAAUAAACCAUGGAAGUCUGCAGGGGCCAUAGAAGUGUUUUAGAGCUAUAAAAUAUUCCUUACUAUUUGCUAUAAUUUUUUUAUUUAUUAGGUUAAAGCAUAUGAAUAUAAGUGAUAAUAUGGGUCUAACACACAACUCUAUUCUAGGAGAGAAAACAACUUUAUCUAAAAAGCUCCAGAAGCUAUUCAAUCUGACCAGGAGUUUUAAUAGUGAAUUUGGUUAACUUAUAAUGAAGGCAAUAAUUCAAUUCUAUUAUCAAUUCUAUUAUUAUUAAAAAACGUACCCCUGGUCAUUCUGUAAAUCUAAAAUUAGAAUGCUUUCCAGAACUAUAUAUGAUUUCCAGAGUUGUUUAAAAAGUCUUUUAAUUUUAAAUCAUCUAUGAAUAUAGUUUGGAAUUAGAGGUUAGUUUUCACUUUAAUAUUCCAACACAGUAGGUUAGUUACCAUCCGCUCGAUAUAAUCAGUAAAAAGGAAAUGUGAGCCAUACUUUUUUCUACUAGCAACAAAUUUUAUUUUACUAUAUUUCAUUAACGUAGCCAGUCUUCAAAGUUAAAACUGGAUCAGAUAUGGAAAUGACAACAGUAGUUCUGUGUAGAAGUUGAAUAAUUGAAUAUUGCUGGUUAUUUUUAAGCUGCAAAGAGCUAUUCAUACUUUUUCAUAUGCUGAAUUGAUAUUAUUCAAUGUAAUAAAAAUAAAAUUAACCAAGCUCAAGCAAAAAUAUAAAACUAAACCACAAACAAACCCAGACUUCAUGUCACCUAAUGUUUGCACACAGUGAGAUGAUAGUGGAUAGUGGACAUCAAGAAAAAUAAUUGCAUUUGAAUUCUCCUUCAAUAUGGAAAACAUGAUGGUAGAAUUUUGUUACCUAAUUCAAAAUUCUAAUGUUUUAAUAUAAAUUAUUCCAAAUGCUUUUUUGUUUAGAAUUCAAACUCAUUCCAUUAAAAACAUUCUCUUUAAAAUUUAAACAUAUGCAGUACCUGACCUUUUCAAAAGUUAAAAAACUGAUAGCUGCAUAUUUUCAGUUUCCUAUAAAGCAUGUCUUCUUUCUUCAGUAAAUAUUCUUUAAAAACAACAGUAAAUGCUUUGAGAAGGGUGACAGGAAAUACCUUCCUUUUCUGUUCUAUAAUGAUAAUUUGCAUUUGAGUCUUUUUGCUUGGUUUUAAGGGUUAAACAAUAAAAAGCAUAUCUAUAGUUGUGUUCCUGUGCCAUGAUUAUUAUUAGUUAUCUGAAUAUUUUAUGUUAAUGUCAUAAAAUUAAACUUAGAGAUUGAAACUAUAUUCAUGAUAAAUUUCAUUCCUUAUAUUGCUUUAUCUGUUUUCUUCUUUUUUUUAAAACUCUGUUCCUUUGAAGUUUUGACCUCUGAAUGGACAGUCACGAAAAGAGAAAUCCUGCCUUUUAAAUAUUGAUUUUCCUUGCAUUUUGGUGUUGUAUUUUGCCACAACAACAAUAAACCUUAGAAAAAUAUGUUAUUGGAUCAAGUUCAGUUUCCUGAGAUUAUUUUUUAAGAAUCUGGUUGAAGUCUCUAUACCUAAAAAACAUCAGUUGUCUGGAUCCAAAGGAACCAACAUACAUGGUUACAAAUAUCUGUUUUGUACCCCCAAAACUGCUAUAUUAAACAUAUUGUACAAUUUGAGAUUACUGCCUUUUUUUUUUUUUUUUUUUUAAUGUUUGCCUGU